ACGUCGGAAGCGUUUGGGUGCAGCAGCAACAGCGAUGGAGAAGUAUGAAAAGAUCAAAGUUGUUGGAAGAGGAGCAUUUGGGAUUGUUCACCUGUGCCGCAGGCGCAGUGACGGGGCUUUUGUCAUCCUGAAGGAGAUACCGGUGGAGCAGAUGUCACGAGACGAACGCCUGGCAGCUCAGAACGAGUGUCAAGUGCUGAAACUGCUCAACCACCCAAAUAUCAUAGAGUACUAUGAGAACUUCCUGGAAGACAAGGCCCUCAUGAUAGCUAUGGAAUAUGCACCAGGUGGAACAUUGGCUGACUACAUACAGAAACGCUGUAACUCCCUGCUGGAUGAGGACACCAUCCUUCACUUCUUUGUACAGAUCCUGCUCGCUUUGUACCAUGUGCACAACAAACUCAUCCUGCACAGAGACUUGAAGACACAGAAUAUUCUCCUUGACAAGCAUCAGAUGAUCGUCAAAAUCGGGGACUUCGGCAUCUCUAAAAUCCUUGUCAGCAAAAGCAAAGCUUACACGGUGGUUGGAACGCCCUGCUAUAUCUCCCCAGAGCUGUGUGAGGGAAAGCCGUAUAACCAGAAGAGUGACAUCUGGGCUCUGGGCUGUGUGCUCUAUGAACUAGCCAGCCUCAAGAGAGCCUUCGAGGCCGCUAAUCUACCCGCCCUCGUUCUGAAGAUCAUGAGCGGUACCUUCGCUCCGAUUUCAGACCGGUACAGCCCAGAACUCCGACAGCUCAUCCUCAACAUGCUCAAUCUGGAUCCAUCCAAACGUCCUCAACUCAAUGAAAUAAUGGCUCUUCCCAUAUGCAUCAGGCCCCUGCUUAAUCUCUACACAGACAUAGGCAAUGUCAAGAUGCGCAGGAUUGAGAAACCACUCUCUACUGUGCAGACUGGCCCACAAGGCAGACAAGGAGGGAGAGUACCUACGAACAGGUCCAGAGAUGGAUCAGUUGGUUUAGCAACAGGGAAGUUGCACUCCCUCCCUCUGUCCUCUGUGUACACGUGGGGCAGUGGCAUCUCAGCUCCUCUCCGCCUGCCUAUGCUCAACACUGAGGUGCUUCAGGUGUCUCUGGGCCGCACUCAGAAGAUGGGGGUGACCAAGUCAGGUCGACUGAUCACCUGGGAGGCUCCAUCAGUGGGGUCUGGUGAGGCCAGUCUGCCUGGUGUGGCGGAGCAGAUGCAACCUCAGUUCAUUUCACGCUUCCUAGAGGGUCAGUCUGGAGUCACCAUCAAAUCUGUGUCCUGUGGCGAUCUUUUUACCACCUGCAUGACAGACAGGGGCAUUAUCAUGACUUUCGGAAGUGGGAGCAACGGUUGUCUAGGACAUGGGAACUUUAAUGAUGUAACACAGCCCAAGAUAGUAGAGGCGCUCCUCGGCUAUGAGCUGGUUCAGGUGUCGUGUGGUGCUUCCCAUGUUCUCGCUGUAACCAAUGAAAGAGAAGUAUUUUCCUGGGGAAGAGGAGACAAUGGUCGCCUCGGGUUAGGCACCCAAGACACCCACAACUGUCCACAGCAGGUGUGUUUACCUGUGGAGUUUGAGGCCCAGAGGGUGAUGUGUGGAGUUGACUGCUCCAUGAUUGUCAGCACCCAGCACAGCAUUGUGGCAUGUGGAAGCAACAGGUUUAACAAGCUUGGGUUGGAUAAAAUAACAGCUGGAGAGGAACCAAAUCCUUCAAAUCAGGUGGAAGAAGUCAAUUCUUACACUCCUGUCCAAUCAACCCCACUGAACAGUGAGAAGAUUGUUUAUAUUGACAUAGGAACAGCCCAUUCUGUUGCUGUUACAGAGAGCGGUCAGUGUUUUACUUUUGGCAGCAACCAGCAUGGACAGAUGGGCUGUAGUUCCCGUCGUAGCAGCCGUGUGCCUUACCCGGUGCCCGGCCUGCAGAAUAUCACUAUGGCUGCCUGUGGAGAUGCUUUCACUCUAGCGAUCGGAUCCGACGGGGAGGUGUACACCUGGGGAAAGGGGGCCCGUGGACGCCUCGGAAGGAAAGAGGAGGAUUCUGGGAUACCAAAGGCGGUGCAGCUCGACGAGAGUCACCCGUUCACGGUGACAUCAGUGGCUUGUUGUCAUGGCAACACUCUGCUGGCAGUGAAACCUUUGCUUGACGAACCCUCCCCGAGAUGAUGUUUUCCUAAACAGUGACCUGUACCCACUCAGCGAUCAUCAUCAUGAAGCCUGGCGGUGGCUUGAGGUGAAGGACAGCUUCCUCUGAAUAACUCCUCCCAAGGGCCCAUCUGUGCUGCAGUAGAAAGAUUCUCUUUCAUACUGCAGCUGCGACCACAGAAUUUCACUUGAUCAUCCUCUCAUCUAUUUAGUUGUUUUUUUUCUCCCUUGGGAAUGAAACUGUGUUUGUUUCAUUUUUUAUAUGAUGGAGCAAAACACAAAAAAAAGCCAAAACCUGACUGGUUCAGCAGGUGUAUCUCACCGUGAGGGUAGUUGAGGGAGUGUUGUAACACUUGCUGAAGCUGGAUUGCAGGAAGUCAUUAGGCAGCUUUCAUGUGGUGAGCUAUUGUCCUCUCUCACAUGCAGGGUGUGCAUGAUAAACCAUGAAAGGCCAGUAAAAGUCAAACUGGUUUGAGCUCUCUUAAGCCAGUGCUGAAUGAGAUGAUACAAGGCAUAGAAACCAAAAUAAUGAAUGUCAUGUCAGUGUUAAGUAACUCAUCAGUCAAAUGAACCAAACAGAUUAAUCUCAAUCACAUCGUCGGCGGUCACAUUGUGCUUUAUUGGAUUAGCCCUCCGCUACAUUUGUGAAUCAGCAGCAGUGUUCAAAUCAGAUAACGACAUGUUGUUUAGUGCUAGACUUAAACCAACACUUAAACAACGAGACUUUAUAGUGUUAAAGAGACUGUGACUGUGUCCGAAAUCACUCCCUCAUUCACUCAUUCUCUCAGUCACUAUUAUAAUAAACACUCAGUAGUUUACUCUGUAGUGUUUAGUAAAUCAAGAUUUCAGACAUUUAAUGGAUCAUCAUUUUGCUUCAUCACAGCGCAGCUGUUAUCUUUGCAGCUAUUAAAUGUGGUUGUAUUGUGGGCUUGUUGUAGAAAGUAGUGUGUGUGCCACGCUCACUACUUUUUGUGUUACAUUAUAUGAACCUUUGAGGACACUAAAUUGUGCAUACAUUUCACAGUUGGACACUAAGUGAAAAUGGUGGACAGUAUAUAUAGUGCACUAUAUUUUAAGUAGGGAGUGAGAUCAGACACAUCCUGUGUAUUUUUGGAAGAUUCAGUAUUGUAACUCAUUGAAAUGUGCAUUAUAUUUUAAGAUGGUGUAUAUAUGUUGUGAAAACUGUAUUUAUAGGGUGACCUAUGUGCCAAGAAUGGAAAUUCACUCACUGUGUUUGUCAUAAAAAAACACUUGAUGCAG